CUUCGAUUUUCCCGUAUUUCUCCCCUUGCUGGGAGACCUGGGCAGCAUGAACCUUUGCGGUGCAAACGGCUGUGGUCUCGGUUCCACCGAGAAUGAUCUCUGCGCUGCCUCUGUCACUGUCAGUCUACCAUCCAUCGGUAACCUCGACAAGUGUUUCGACAACAUGACGAUCGGAUGCGUGCCGGGAUCAACGAACCAAUUGGAUGGAGCUCAAUCUGUGAUCCAAGCAGCUAUUUGCACAAUUUACGAGCUGCCGGGUAGUCCCUUGGCAGAGUUACACCGAGUGGUCGGCUGCGCUCUGGUCAACGCUCUCAAGGCAGCCGAGAUGGCGAACCCUGACAUCCAGAUGGUCCUAUUUGCAUUUGAAUCGGCUGUCAGGAACACGCUGGACAUUUAUAACUGCCCCAAUAUUGGCUGAAGAUGGGCGGGUGGAAUUCAUACCGGAAAAGAAAGUUUUUUGCAUAUUUAUGGCUGUGGCAACAACAAUCGGACAAAUAAAAAGGAACAGCUAUUUUGCACAACAUACAAGAAAAAAUGGUGGAUCUUCAUUGAAUUGAUUACACAAUUUCAAUAUGCACGACUCGAUGGACAACGUUGUUUGUGUUAUAUAAGGCGGCCACGGCCCCAGAAACACCUACGGACGUGGCUGUCUG